CAUAGUUUUAGCUUCACUAAUAAUAAUUAAAUUGUGCUUCUAGGUGAGUCUCGAGGAUGGUACUGUCAAGUGUUUUGAUGUUCGGACCGCAAUGUCUGAAUCCACAUCUGAUCUAAGUUCUACAUUUACUCUUCAUGCACAUGACAAAGCUGUUACCUCAGUAUCCUAUAACGUCUCAGCACCUAAUCUACUUGCUACUGGAUCGAUGGACAAAACGGUAAUGCUUUGGGAUUUAUCGAACAACCAACCAUCUGUUGUGGCAUCUAAAAACUCCAAUGCUGUAACUGUAUUUUCUAUUUCAUUCUCAGAGGACAAUCCCUUUGUGUUGGCUAUAGGAGGCUUAGAGGGAAAAUUGCAAGUUUGGGACACUUUAUCUGAGUCUGCUGUCUCUCAGCGUUAUGAAAAUUACAACAAGAAUAGAACUCGGUCGUGUUAUAAUUGAGUCAUAAUAGCUUUUCCGGUCUCCCCUUCAUGUUACUGGUAGGCUAGAAGUAUUUAUGUUAGAUACAGUUGUUACGAAACAAGUUGAAAGCAAUAUAUUAAGGAUGGUAGAUAUAUAGAGUUUGGUAGCAUGUUCUCUCUCAUAAU